AUGGAACAAUGGAAAGUUCCAGUAACAGAAGACAUAUUGGACCGUCGGGAGCCUACCCCAUCACCCGGUCCCCAACCCACCGAACCCCAGCCACAGCCCGAGGAUGAAUUUAUGGGAAUAUUUUACGGAGGAGAAGAACUAACCGAUAACGAAGAUGACAACAAUAACCAACAAGUAACUAACGACAACACUGACAACAACACUAACACGACCCAGGCAGAAGAGGGGCCUGCGCAGCCCCGUUACUUCUUGCGCAGGCCCCAUAUCCCGAGGCAGCCGAAGCAGCACCGUGAGCCGCAGGUCUUCCGGCCGCACAACAUCGAGCAUCUGCGGCCGGAACAUCAGGCCGAGCUAGCGGCACCAGACUCAGAAGCGUACCACGUGGACGACGACAAGAUCUGUAAGUUUCUAUUGAAUGAUCAUUUUUCAUUAGAUUGUUUGAGGUAA